AAUAGUCUGCAUUUCCCGAAAAUACAUCAAUCUAUCCAUUAUCCAUUCGUGUCUCCAUGGAUGUAUCCAUACAUUUUUGGAUAUGCCUACAAAUGUACCAUAUCCAUAUUCUAUUCUAUUAUUUGUUACUCUUCUCUACUCUUCUCUACUAGUUCAACAGAAUCCCAACACAUUGAGAUAGUCCUCUCUUCCUGGGUGAUUUGGGUGGUCCAGUGGAGAGCCUGUGGAAAGGUCAGAGGUCGAGAUGCCCGUGUACCGAGCCCCGCUGGGUGCUGGCGUCCUGGGGGAGGAUGGCGAUGAUGAUGAAGAUGACACAGAGGAGGAACUCCCGUCCAUCUUGCCCGUCCUGGACGAGAGGAGGAGGCGCGGUGAGCAGAUCAACAAGAUCAGAGACUUCCUGAACUCAGCCGUGGAGAGGGAGACAGACCUCGCCCUCCUACUGGACUGGCUCACUGAAGCACAGGAGUCACUACAGACGUUUGAGAAUGAGAGAGAAAGAAAGAAAGAGGGGGAGGAGGAGGAGGUGACAUCAGAAUGGAUUGAAGACAUACACAGAAAGUUGGAGAUGUCUAUCAAUGAUACGGACGGCUGCAUUCACCGCCUACGUGGCCUCUGCCAAGGCCUCUUUGAUACCGACGUGAAAAAGACCAAGAAGGAGGAAGCUGCUCUGAAUAAGGGUGGUGUGUGGCGCUGGUGGAGGGAGCAGAAAGUGGACGCCCGGACCAUCAAACGGAUCCAGGAGCUCCAGCCCCCUGCUGCGGAUGUGUUUCUAGCUGACGUCAACCUGGCCACCAAUUCUGCCACGGAGCUGUCCUCCAUGCUCUUAGACAUAGCCAAGUCACUAGGCUGCAACAAGGCAAUGAGUCUGGCCUUUAAGUUCGUAACGAUAGGGCUGCAGAACCUUAACCAAGCGUUCCAGGAACGCACCAAGGAAGCCGGGAAGCUUCUGGCACGGGUGGAGAAGCUGCAGUCUGUGGACUGUGGCUUCGAGCUGGCCCAGAUGAAGAUCCAACUGGGAGACAGUCAGAUCAAGAUGACCAAGAUGGAGGAUGAGCUGGCGUCAGUCAGGGAGCAGAAAGAUGCUCUACUGUUCCAGAUCCAACAGAUGCAUGAGAUCCCAAAACAUCCAAGGCUGAAACAGCAGAUAAUGGUCGUUGCUCCCCCCAAAAUCGUACAGGAUGCUCCAGUUCGCAACGAUCAGCUGGUUCUGCAACCAACCCCCAAGCCUAAGUACCCCAAACGGAGGCCGAAACCAAAGCCAGAGCCAGGCCAGCCUGUUGGCGAAGAAGUCGAAGAAGUCGAGUCUCUGGAAGACAUCUCAGUGGAUCCAGAAGAUAUCAUAGAACAGGUGGAGAAGAAGAGCAUUGAUCUUCUGGAGGACAUCCAGAAGUCUGUAUUUAAGCUCAUUGAGCAGUGCGUGGUGUCACUCCCUGGUAACAAGGACAAGGGGAAAGAUGGCGAGCUGCUGGAAGGGAUGGAUGCGGCCAGCAGAAAAGCCAAGGCAGCUGAUGUCAUCAAGCUGUACUGCAUUCUACAGAGGUCCAUCAGAGACUCUUUCAAUGGCAUGAUCACGAAGCUCCAGGGAAAGUUUGCCGACGACAUCAUAGACGUGCCGCUCAUGGACAACGACAACAAACUGGACGAAUCAGCGUUCUGGGACUCAACCCAGAAGACUCCAGGAGACAUGCUGAAGGAGAUCAGCAAUGAGAUCCAGAACCACGACCGCAUGGUGAAGGAUGCCGGAGCCAACAUACAAGCACUCUUUGACAUGGAAGGUAAGAAGACUUUGUCGAACCUCAAGGGGAAGAGUCAUCGCCACUCUCUGAACUUCAUCAUGGACCAGUUCAAGAACCUCAACGAGAUGGGCAAGAAGCAGGUGUGCAAGAUGCGUCUGACCCUGGAGAGCCUAGUGGAGAUGCAUAGGAAGGUGAACCAGGAGAAGCCUGAGACCAGAGGUUCAGAGGAACCACAACGCACCCCUCAGGUCCACCUCCCCAUCCACUCCCCAGAUGAAUCAGAGGAGGAACUGGAGGAGCUGGAGGAGAUUGAGGUGGUAGAGAAGCAGAGGAGAACCAGGAGACGUUCCAUCCUCGUGCAGAAGACCCAGAAACGGAUCCCCAUGAAGAUGGCCGAGUCCAGGUCCUGGACAGACCAUGUGGAACGCUACAGCUCAGACAUGACGGUGGAGGGAGACAAGCUGAUGAAGACUCGUAUGGUGGGAGUGAACCACAUCGUCCACGUGGAGUCCCAGAGGUCCAACUUGAAGCUGCUCCACCAGGCUGUGGUGAACAGGCAUAUCUCCCCACAGCUCUACCGCAUGGUGAAGGACCUAAUCAUCCAGACACUCAGCAGUGUGGAGAUCAGACUGCUCUGUCUUAUCAGGAGGUUCAUAAAGCACAACGCUCUGCAGCACGUCAGAAACAAUCUGAACGCUAGACUGCUCUUGGCGCGCGACAUGAGCGAUGGACAGGCGGCCAAGGACUUGUACAAGUCCCUGCGAAGACUGGACGUGCACCAAUCUACUAUGGUGAGGCAGUGGUCUGAGAAGCAAACUUCCAUUGAACUGAGACGGACCAGAUGCCUGGCACACAUGCUCUACCUCUUCAGUCAGCUGAGAGUGGACUACAACUUGCAUUUGGCCACUCCGGUCCCAUGCAACACCAGCCAGGAGCUGCCCCAUCCCAUCAUGACGGUGGUGCCUACGAAACUACAGUGGUCUCUGAGGCCCAGUCCCAGCCCCAAUCUUCCAUCAUCCCUGUCACUGGCACGUCUAGCCCCAUAUUCACUCCAAGCCCCACCAUCCACACACCUAUACCCACCUACACACCUAGCUUCGCCUGCACACCUACACCCGUCAUCAUUGGUACACCAUCCCCCAUCUUCCCUGGUACACUUACCCCCACCUUUACCUGAGCCAUACCCAUGGAGCAGUGUCCACAGGGAAAAAGAACAGGGCAAUAUGAAGACUCUGUGGCAGGCAGACAAGACUCUGCACUGCAUGUGGCUGGCCAGGAAGAUCCCAGCCGGGCCCUCUAACGUCUGCUGUGUCCCACGCCUGCUGGAGAUGGACGUCAACCGAGGAAGGGUCAACGCAAUGCGCACCCUGCACGCUAGGAUGACUGGAGUGCUGGAUCAGAUAUUCCUAGGUGGAGGAGAUGAGGACAGUGAUGUGGAGUAGAUGUUUCACCAGUUAGGUCAAUAAAUCCCCAUAUCACCACUGUAGUCCUUGUUUCCCUUGGUUCCUGUCAUUGUUAGUGCAGAUUAGAGUUUCUCUGCAGUGAAAUGGUAUUCUUGCUUCAUAUCUAUAACCAUAUUUUAUUGAGACAUCUUUAGAAAGUGUAAAAACAAAAAAGUGUUAAUACAGUAUCGUAAUAAAGAAAAUCAAACAUUUGAAGCAUACAAAUGUGAUAUGAUUUUGUUUUGCAUUAAUUUACAAAUGUCUUCACAAUUGACAAAUUAUCUUGAAUUUACAAAACAAUAAAACUCAGUGGAGAAUGUCCGAAUUUAAACAAUAGAACAUUACAAUUUGUUAAAAAUUGCGUCCCUUGGCUUGGAAGUCUUGACACCUAGAUAAUACAGAAUGCUGCCCAUGCCAUUUCAGUUCACACAGUCUUGUAUAACUGACCUUGUGGGGGGACACAAUUCAGUCCCAUUCAAAAUCCUAUUUUCCCUAACCCUUA